AUGAAGUUUCUUUUAGUUUUAUAUCUGGCUCAUGCCAUUAGUGGACAGGAUACCAGCUGUUAUGACAAUGAAGUGUGCGUCGAUCCGUAUUAUUGUCAAUCUGGUACUAUCGAUGGAAAUACUCUGGAAAGAAAUUAUUUAUAUAGCUGUGCUGAGAGUGGAGUUUGCUGCCAACUCAGGGCGUGGGAUCCUCGUUCCGCUGGGAAUUGUGCCGUUCGUAACUUGAAUACGUCUCCGAAAGGUCCAUCGCCAAUUAAUGCUAAUUUCGCGGAAUUUCCAUGGCAAGCGAUGAUCUUGAAGGAAUCCACAAAGUCGUUACUUUGCGGUGGCGUGAUUAUUCACAAGAAUUUCGUUUUGACGACAGGAGAUUGUGUGCAAGGACAAAAGUCUAUUGAUAUACUUACAAAGGGAGGUGAAUGGAAGUUAGGAAGCGAUGAAGAGGGUAUCGACUUUGAGUUGGUUCGUUUGACGAAAAUUUCGUUCCAUCCGUAUUAUAGUGUGGGAGAGCCGGCGUAUAAUUUGGCUUUGUUACAUUUGGAACGCGAUUACAAGUUUAAUUUACACAUCCAGCCUCUUUGUUUGGAAGAAGGACCUUUUGCUAAGCCAGGAGAUUCUUGUGUGACUACUGGCUGGGGAAAGAAAGCUCUGGAAGUUCAUAAGAAAAACGCCAUUGAACAUUUCACGCAACUUAAUAUUGAAGACGCCCGCACAUGUCAGCAAUACGUCCCACAUUUCAAUGGCGAUUUCUCCAUUUGCGCUACUACCAACGUGGAUGCCUGUUUGUUGGACUUUGGCAGCGCCUUGGCAUGCCAAGAUCGUUCGGAUCCGCAAAAGUACGUUCUCAAAGGAAUUUAUUCGCAACACACGGGUUGUACAAGCCAGUAUCCCACGCUGAUAUUCACAAAGCUCGACAGACAAUGGAUCCAGCAAACAAUUAAUCGUCCCAAUCGUGGUUAA